AUGGCACCUACUCGAAAAAAGGGCGCCAAGAAAUCAGUUGCCGCAGCUGAUGCUUGCCGGGAAUGGAAAAACGGCGAUCUCGUGCUGGCUAAAGUGAAAGGCUUCCCUGCUUGGCCUGCAACGGUAAGUGACCCGAAUAAAUGGGGCUACUCAGCGGAUCGGAAGAAAGUAUUUGUUCUCUUCUUUGGAACUGAUCAAAUUGCUUUCUGCAAUCAUGCUGAUAUUGAGGCAUUUACUGAAGAGAAGAAACAGUCUCUUGCCAAACGUCAAGGAAGGGGUGCUGAUUUUGUUCGUGCAUUAAGUGAGAUUAUUGAAUGUUAUGAUAAGUUAGAGAGAGGGACUCAAGUUGAUGAAACUAGCUCUGGUGGCGAAGUUGCUAAUGCAGAUGUUGGAAGUCCACUUGACCCAUCUUCCAACUCAGGGUUCAAAGAUCAGUUAAAUACUCCUUGGACAGGUAAUUCACAAAUGAAAUUAUCAAAUUCUAUGACUGGCAGACAUGAGCAAGUUUAUGCAGUUGAGGACGACUCAUUUGGUGUACCUGUUGCAACUAGAACUCUAAAAUCUUUUUUGCCAGUGAAGCAAGAAAAAGAGCCAGUUCAAAGAUCCAGAAGCUCAUCACAGAUACAAAACAUUGUUCUACAUCGUAGUGAUGGUAAAAAUAAUGGUGGCAAUAGUGAUGGCAACAUAUCAUCUGAAACAAUUCAGAACAAAUUUAUUAGAAGGAUUAUCAAGAAAUCACCUGACCUUUUUGGCUCCAAUGAUAAUAAUUCAUCUGCAUUUGCCUCAAAUGUUAGCUUGGUGGAAAAUGGUUCUGAACAAUCUGAGAUUAUUGAGGGCUCUAAAUAUGAAACCGAGUUAAACAAAGUCCUUGAUCGUGAAAUGAAGGCUGUAAUUGGCAAGAAGAAAAGAAAACCAAACAGGACAAGGAAAACCAAUAAUGCUUGUGUUCAGAAUGCCAAUCAAAGUUUGCAGAAUAUAUCUGAAAAUCCAAAAGUGGAAUGCUACCAAUAUGGAGAUGAACACUUACCCCUGUCAAAGCGAGCCAGAGUUAGAAUGAUUAACUCAUCAUCCACGGGGGAAGAACACAAUAGAAUUGUACCAGUACAAGAGAAAACUAUUAUUGUUAAUGCUUCACCAUUGCGGAUUAUCACAUCAUCAAAUAGUGAAAAUGGUUGCCUUGCUGAUGGAGACUCAUCGGCAUUGAAUAGGGAUUUGGCUAGUGAUUCUCCUAAGUUAUUAACUCACUGUUCCGAAAAUGGGUCACAGACUUCCGAAGUUAAGAAAAACCAAUUAUUUAGCUUCUCUAUGGAUGAUGAAUCUGCUUUACCUCCAUCUAAACGCAUCAAUCGUGCAUUAAAAGCAAUGUCUGCGAAUGCUGCUGCCGCUGCAGCGGAAGGAGCUUGUAUUGAAUCACCACCCUCUGAAAUGCCAUCAAGUGGUAGAUGCUGUAUAUCUGCUGCAAUCAAGAGAUGUUCUUGUAUGAUUAUUGAUAACCAAGGAAGUGAUGAUUUAGAACUGAAAGGCUUGGACUCUUGUGGCAUUGAUUGUUCCAAUAGCCGAGUGUGUAGUUUUUCAACCUGUUCAAAUCCAAUGAGUUUAAUAGAGGACAAGUCAUCUAUUGAAGAGGAUAAACAGUUGACCAAGUCACAAAAACAUGAGUCUGGCAAGGAUAUCAUCCCAGCCCCUGGCACUAGGCUCCAAAUUGGUGAAGAUCUUAGUGGUUCCGUGUUCUGUGCACCUGCUAAAAUAGAUUCACAAGCUGUAAUGCAUGAAGAAAUCUCUCCUAAUGUUGAUGUGAAAUAUUGUCAAGUUGGAAGCAAUCAAGAUUCACCAGGUCCAUCAUUACCACCAAGUGCCAAUGAAAGUAUCAGACAUGUGAUCCAUUCAAAUGCAUCUGAUACAUUUGAUCACGGUGGAAUAAAUCUUGAUUCUGUGGCGGGUCCCAAUGAAAGUGGAGAAUCGUUACCUGAAAAUAGUUUCGCCAUGCCUCAGAAUAUGGUGAUGGUUUGUGAGGAUAUGAAGCAAACAUCUGGUGACAGCAGUAAAAUCAAUGACAAGCAUGUGGUUGGGAAAGAAGUAAAAUUUAAAAAACAGGAGGAGGGUAUGACUUCUCUAUCAAUAUCCGAUUGUUCAAGGGAAAACAGUGUUUUGGGCAUUCGAGCAAGCUCCUCCUUGACUGAUGGGGGAGUUUGCCUUCCACAAGGUUCAACUCCAAAUACCUCAGUUCGCAAUGUUUCUACAUCUGACAGUAGUAAUAUUCAUCAAAAUGGAAGCUGUAGCCCUGAUGGACUCCAGAAGAGUAUUUUAUCUGGUUCUAUUGAUGGAUAUAAAGUUGGGGCUGUGGCAAAUCAACGAUCAAGAUCUAUAGACAAGUCAACUGAAACAGGACACGCUGCUUUGUUAUAUUUUGAAGCAGUGCUUGUGACAUUGAAAAGGACAAAGGAAAGUAUUGGUCGAGCAACACACAUUGCUAUUGAUUGUGCAAAGUUUGGCAUUGCAACAAAGGUGGUGGAAAGUCUUGUCCACAGUCUGGAAAACGAGCCAAGCCUUCGUCGGAGAGUGGAUCUGUUUUUCCUUGUUGACUCUAUUGCGCAAUAUUCUCGAGGUUUGAAAGACGAAGUUGGUGGAGUAUAUCCAGCUGCUAUGCAAGCAGUCUUGUCACGCCUAUUGUCUGCUGUUGCCCCUCUUGGAAAUACUGCUCCUGAAAAUCGGAGGCAGUGUCUUAAGGUGUUAAGGCUGUGGUUGGAGAGAAGAAUCCUACCAGAGUCCAUUAUUCGCCAUCACAUCCGGGAAUUAAACUCGUAUAGCAGGUCAGCUUAUGCAGGCGUUUACUCACGCCGUUCAUUGAGAACAGAAAGGGCUUUAGAUGAUCCUAUUAGAGAUAUGGAGGGUAUGCAUGUUGAUGAAUAUGGAAGCAACUCGAGUUUUGAGUUAUCUGGAUUUCGCAUGCCCUGUAUGCUUGAAGAAGGAGGGAGUGAUUCUGAUGGAGGGAACUUGGAGGCUACUGCGCCUGGGCAUGAUUCUGAAACAUAUGAAGUACAAGAAGUCUCUCAUGCAUUUGAAAAACAUAGGCAUGUGUUGGAAGAUGUUGAUGGCGAGCUUGAAAUGGAAGAUGUGGCACCCUCUUUUGGUGUGGAAUUGAAUUCGAUUUGUAAUGUUGAUGGAAGAACUGCAUCACAACUUGAUCAGAAACCUCCUCUGUCCUUUGCUCCUCGUUUAACCCAAGAUGUGCCAUUAUCUUCCCCAGCUCCACCACCACUACCACCAUCUCCUCCACCUCCACCUCCACCGCCCCCACCAACAAUGCAUCUCAUGUCGGCUACAUCUGAUCAAUACGGCACUGCAGUUGAUUCAAAACCUAUUACAGAUUCACAGGCAGUGCAUGGCAAAACAUUUCAUUCUGUGGCUCAUCCCUUAGAUGCACCAAGAAGUAGUCGACCUAUGGAUGCGGCGCAGUUUCAAAUCCCAGAAUGUAAAGACGUGCAAAUGCAGAUACCAGAGUCUCCUUGCUCUUUCAACACUCACCCUGUACAACCACCAGAAAAUUCCAGGAGUGCUGACGGUUUUACUAUGCAUAAUAAAGGUUACAUACUACGACCACCACAUCGUGUGCCAUCGGAUCAGUUUUCUUUCAUUCAUGCAGAAAAUCGUCCAAAGUCUCAGAGGGAGGUUCCACCACCCCCUUCAUACUCCAAUAGACAACACUCUGUGCAGAACACAAGGAGGGAGAACUUCUAUAACACUCACGAGAGAGAUGGAAUGAGAGGCAAUACUCGUGCACUACAUGAACAGAGAUGGAAUACUCGGACAGCACGUGAAGAGAGGUGGAAUACUCGGGCACUGCGUGAAGAGAGGUGGAAUGCUCGGGUACCGCAUGAAGAGAGAUGGAGUUUUCGGACACCAUAUGAAGAUAGAUGGAAUACUCGGUCGACAUAUUCUGGUGUGCCUUCCCCUUAUGAUUGGCAUCCAAGUGCGUCGACUAGAUCACCAGAUCAUGGUUGGAGAUUACCUCACCUGCCAAUGAGUUACAGAGGCUCCCUGCCUUUUAGAUCAGCCUUCCAUGAUGCAAUUCCAGGAGUUAACCGAGGCCCAAGCUAUUGGCGGCUUAGGAGAACUGAAGUUAACCGACAAUGA